UUUUGUAAACAUUUGUAAGUGUUGAUUAUUUUAAGGGUUUAAAUAAUUUAAUUUUAACGAGUUGACGGGCAAGCAAAUUUGUUUAAAGCUCAUCAAUUAUAGCUAUGAUUUUCUUACAUGUACAUUAUAUGUGUUAUUCUUGUGAAUAUAAAGUUUUAAUAUGUCGCGAAAUAUAAUGUCAGCGUCUUCGUCGUCGUCUGCAUAUUUGACAGGGAAACGAUGUACCGACGGUCAUGUUGAGUUUGACAUCUGGAAUCUCAUCAACCGUAAGACACAAGAGAACGCGUUCUGUAUGACGUCAAAAUUUCGUAUUGGCGCAAAAAUACAUCGAAUAAGUACGACAAAGGUACAUCGUGAACGUCAUUCCAUUGAAGACGUGAAAACCGUGCAUGAUGACGUCACGUCGUCAUCGUCGUCAGACUGCAGUCAAGAUUGGAAUGACUUCGAUGAUGAGGAAGAUGAUUUGGUUGACUUGUAUAGAAUGAUACAAUCGAAGCCUACGCUGUCGGCUGCUGCGGGAAGCAUUGUCACACUGACAAAAUCCUACAAUAUCAAUAGACCUUUCUCCGGAAUCGAGUCGGACGUGGUGUCGGAAAUAUCAGAAAAGGGUACUCGGGCGCAAAAGCUUUACUUAAAACGUUGUGCAGAUUUUCUAAUAACGCCGUCAAAGAUCUUUUUAAAGGCACUUCCGGCUGUUGUAGUUGACAUUGCGCAUCAGAACAUUGGUCCUAAAGGUGCAGAGGCCUGCGCAAUCGCUUUAUCGCAAACGAGGUCAGUUCGUGUUGUAAACCUGAAUGACAAUGCCAUCGGUCACAGAGGUGCCAAGUUCAUGGCCAUGAUGCUGAAAGAGAAUAAACAAAUAACAGAACUGUCUCUCUCGGACAACAAUAUUGGUUCUCGAGGAGUGAAAUAUAUCGUCAACAUACUGAUGGAAAAUGACACUGUACAGAAACUGGAUCUCUCAAAUAACGGUUUCAAAGACAAAGAUGCUGUUUUAUUCAAACAACUCCUUGAGGAAACGAGAAAUUUACGUUACUUAAACCUCAGCUAUAACUUGCUCCGGGAAGAGGGAGGUGUACUGCUGGGAGAAGCUUUGAGUUACAAUGACAGCCUUGAGGAACUAGAUCUGACUUGGAACCAUCUGAGGCGUCAGGGAGCUACAGGUGUGGGCGAGGGGAUAAUG